UAUUCUCGCCAAAGCAACUUCUUGAAGCAGUAGUAGCAUUGGGUUGCAUUUUAUACAGGAGAGGAGAAAAUUAACUUGAUAUAGCUCGAAAACUAAAAUCUUACAGGGACAAAAUAUCAUGGCAGCUGAUCAUUUACAAUUUCUCAAGGACAGAUUCAUCGCUGACUUCAAAGAAGCAGUGGAUGAAUUUGGUGGCGAUCUUCCCCUCCGUCUUCACUUCCAGGACAUCCUAAAGGUCUUGGAAGAGAAGUGGUUCGACUCCUCCACGCCUAUUGUGGUGAAGAAUUCGCUGUAUGAUCUCAGGCACUUAUUGGCAAAGUGCCUUCUAUCAGCAGAGAAGGAGAGAGAGCUUAAAACUCGGGAAAAGAAAAGUCAUGUCAAUGCCCGUGCCUUGAAGAAGUAUUGGUUUCUUCGUAAAACUGGAAAGAGACUGAUUCGAAUCACUCAAAAGCUGCAACAAACAAGCAAUGAUGUAAUAUGUGAAGCUUCUUUUCUACCAGACCCUAUCACAGUUCAUCUACUAGAGAAUAUUCGACCACUUGAUCCAUCUGAAACAAAUGGGUUCCUUGGCCAGUUGCAUAAGAUGGAAGCAUUGCUUGACGUAACACCUGAUGAUCAUGAUGGUAUCAAGGCAAUUGGAAUUGUGGGAAUGUGUGGUGUUGGUAAAACCACUCUUGCCCGAUUGGUAGUCCAUAAUUUCCAAUUCUUGAGAGAUUUUUCUCCGGUAAUUUGGGUUAAGCUAUCUUUCAAAGCAGAUCCACUAGAAAUUGCAACUCAUUUGGUGACACAUUUGGGCGCCAAAGAUGGGGGUCAGCUGCAGGAUCUUGAUGCGAAGCUAUUUGGAAGAAAGUACUUGAUUGUACUGGACAAUGUAUGCACAGAGGACAUUAGCCGUUUUACUCAUGGCUUGCCAAAGGGGGUUGGGGGUGCCAUCAUUGUAACCAGUAGAUUUGACGAUGUUGCCAUAAACAUGGUGGGUGAGAAAAACCUGCUGAGACUCGAGCCCAUAUUCGAUGCAGAGGCACUUUGGUGUCAAGUUUUGUAACUAAAUAUCAUCACCAAGUUUUGUCAAGGAUGAAGGAUUAUAUUAUUUACACUUGCCAUGGCCUUCCUUUAGCAGCAAAGACACUGGCAGAGGUUGUUUCUACUCAACUUGGCAAGCAAGAGUAUUGGUCAAAUUCAGGUGUACACAAGGACUUUUGCUUGAAGCUCGAACUUGAUCAUCCUGUUUCUUAUUACUGGAAUGUCAUAGAGAAAGUUAGUACUCUUCCAGGAGUUCAUCGCGUCUUUCCAGGACCAGGCGAUGAUAGAAUAACAAUUACAGGAAGCUGCAAUGUCCUAGAAAUAGCGAGGGAAUUGGGGAAAUUUUGUCACACGGAGCUUAUUUCGGUAUACUUGGCACAAAAUAAUGAACCCGAGAGGAAGUCUACCAAGGAAAGAAACUCAAAUCAAGAAGAAGCCGGAGCACUAAAACAACGGAAAUGGUGGCAAAGCUUCCCAUGCAUUUAGAAGGGAUAUAUAUACUCUCUUUGACAUUUGAAAAAUUCGAGUGAUUUUGAUUUCAGUUAUAUCUUAAUCAGAUUUCAAGCGGCUAGUAAUUGUGUUUUCAGUUGGCUUGUAUUCGGAGGAAUUGGCUUGCAAUAACUUGCAGCUGAUUUUCUGAACU